GAGAGAGAUGGCGGCGGCCGAAAAGACGGAGAUGGCGGCGCCGCCGCGGGCUCCCUCGCCGGUGCGCGCGUGCACCGGCAGGUGCGCGCACGGCCGUCGAGUGGCUCCUCGGUGGUGCCCUUUGCCCUCCCCCCUUUUGCCGGCGACGGCCGGCGACAAGAAGGUGAGCUGAAGCUGCUGGGAACAUGGGCGAGCCCCUACGUCUCCAGAGUGAAGCUCGCCCUCCACCUCAAGGGCCUGAGCUACGAGUACGUCGUCGAGGAGGAUCACUUCAACAACAAGAGCGAGCUCCUCCUCAGCUCCAACCCGGUGCACAAGAAGGUCCCCGUGAUGAUCCACAACGGCAAGCCCAUCUGCGAGUCGCUGAUCAUCAUGGAGUACCUCGACGAGGCUUUCCCCGACACCGCCGCACCUCUCCUCCCCGCCGACCUGCACGACCGCGCCGUCGCUCGCUUCUGGGCCGCCUACAUUGACGACAAGCUAGUGCCCUCGUGGAAGCAGGCGUUCAGCGGAAAGACGGGUGAGGAGAAGGCAGAGGGGAUGCGUCAUAUGCUCGCGGCGGUGGAUGCGCUGGAGGCGGCGAUGGAGUGGUCCUACAAGGGGAAGCCCUUCUUCGGCGGCGACGCCGUCGGGUUCCUGGACGUCGCGCUGGGGGGCUUGCUCUCCUGGUUGCACGGGACAGAGGAGCUGUGUGGCGCCAAGAUCUUGGACGCCGCCAAGACCCCGCUCCUGUCGGCGUGGGCGCGGCGCUUCGGCGAGAUGGACGCCGCCAAGGUGGCUUUGCCGGACGUCUGCAAGCUGGUCGAGUUUGCCAAGAUGAAGCGUGUUCAGCUGGAGGCUGCAAUGGCAGCUACAACAGUUUCCCGCAACUGAAUGUGUUGUCAGGUUGUUGUGUUGAUGUGUUCCUACAAGUGAAUAAACCGUACUUUAAAAUUUAAAUAACUAAAUAUUUGACUAAUAAUAUUUUAUUAUAAAUUAAGUUGUGUUUGAUAAAAAA